AUGGCAUUAAGAAGUAGUUAUCACUUCCCUCAAGAACUUAUCUUUGAAAUACUUUCAUAUUUACCUGUGAUAUCACUGCUCCGGUUCCGUUCAGUUUGCAAGUCAUGGCUAUCCAUAAUAUCGGACCAACAAUUUAUCGAUACUCACCUCACCAAUUCUCAGAAAAAACCAGCCACCCUAGUCCUUGAUAAUGAUUUUGACAAUGUCUAUGUCGAUACUCGUGAAGAAUCUGUCAGGCUCCAUGUUCCACCACAACGCAAUGGUAGGGCUCGUUGGAUGUGUUCUUGUAAUGGUAUUGUUUGUCUUACGGAACAAUAUGGUAAUGUUAUGUACUUAUGGAAUCCGUGGACCAAUCAGUUGAGUAAACUUUGUGACCCGAAAGGACGAGGAGAUUGGGAUGAAAGUGCUUUCGUAAUUGAUGGGAUUUCCCAAAAAAGAAACUGUAUAGAAUUGACUGGGACGGAGGGAGUACAUACAUAUUAUUAUCCUCCUAAUAGGGAUUACAUUGCUAAUGGCCUAGUAGCAGAUUUGUAUUCUUCGAAAAAUGGAAAUUUUAUGGAGAUCAAUGUUCCUGACAACGUAAAGAAUAUAGAGGUUCGCACAAAUUCAAAAUGUUUUCAUGAUCUCAAAACCGGGGUAUUAUAUUUUGAAGGUAUGGAUGAAUUAAUAUCAUUUGAUUUGGAGAAAGAGGUGUUUGGAGUAUAUUCCUAUCCCUUUCCCGACCACGUGCAGCAUUCAAAAUCAAAUGUUUUGGAUUUUGAAGGUUCUGCUGCAAUGGUCUUUGAGGCCGUCGAUGGAUCAGUUCUGAGUCUAUGGACGUUGGAUGAUGUUUGUGACGACAAAGUGAGCAAUUUGAGCUCACGUGAGCUAUUUGGCUCAAAUAGCUCACGUGCUAUUUGA